AUCCCCAGACGUGGCAUGCUUUACCGUUGUCAUGGGCGCCGCAGCGGCGGGCCUAGCAAAUGAAGGGAGUCAUGGAGAUUGUGCGGUACAGGAGCUCGCACAAUUGUUGCCUGUAAUGCGCUCGCGGUUCGGAUUGGAGCCGGACUUGAGGGCUUACAACGUUGCAGCAAAUUUGCACCGUCGCGCCGGGGACUUGGCCGAAGUGCUCAAGAUAUUGGAAGACAUGAAGCAAAAUAAAUCAUUAUCUGGUAUAGCACCUGACGUAGUGACUUAUUCCACGGCGCUUGCAGCUUGCGGGGAGGCAGGCAAAUGGGAAAAAGCUUUAUCCCUACUGAAAGAGAUGUCCAGUCUUGGCGUGCAGCCCAAUGUUGUGGCGUAUACAGCCGCGAUUUCUGCCUGUGGAAAGGGCGGGCAAGCAGCGUUUGCAUUAGGCUUAUUUCAAGAGAUGAAGAUGAAUAAUGUGGCGCUCAAUGUACAGUGCUGUAAUACAUUGCUCUGGGCCCUCUCUAAAGGGGGCGACUGGCGGCAGUGCCUGUUGUUGCUUGAAGAGAUGGAAAGCGACGCAUCCAUGAGGAUUAAACCUGAUGCAGAUACCUAUCGAAUAGUUAUGCAAGCCUUGCGCGACCAGGAAGUGCAAAAAGAUCUGACUAAGCGGCUCCACGAAGGGCUGGCACAAUUAACGGCCGAAAGUGGAAAACCCGGAACUCAAUAAGUGAAAAGAGGACUUUGACAUCACUGUGGGACUGAGAGGGC